UGGUGGUCCUCAUCGCGGCUGGUCGGUGCGCACCAUUCUCCGGUUUAUUUUUUCCGGUUGCCGUUUUAACUUUCGAAUUUUUUGUCUCAAAUCAGUCGCGUGCUUCACCUUCUUGCGGGGGCCCGCUGUUCCCUCGCCUGUGACUCUUGCAGAAUAAUGUUCCGUUAACUCCUGUCGAAACUUGUUAAUCCCCUGUAUCGCCGUUCGUUGGUUUUUUUCACGUGGUCCAACGACGUCAAUGUGUUCAGAUCGUUCUUUUGCGAGUUUAUUCGAGGGUGUUUAAUUUCAUCGUUGUUUCGUAAUCGUGCGCUCUCCUGUUCAAUACAGUGGUCUAAAUGUGUUCAUUUUAGUAUCUCCUGUGUGUCAUUAAUUUUUUUCUUUUCAUUUUUGUGUUUCGCCCGAAUUUUUGCACUUACAAUUUCUCGCGCAUGUAGAGUUCUUUUUUCGCGUGCAAGUUUCCGUCUCUUUUCCAAUCGCCACUACCACCCCUCCUCUCCUGAAGUUUCGUCACGUGUAUCUGGCGCCUGGAUUUCCUCACAGUUAAAUCAGUAACGAUGGAAGUGGAAAGCCGGGAACCUUUGAAGGGAGACAACCACAGGCGGAGCAAGGCGAGCUUGGAAUAGACCUCAACGGUGGAACCUGACCCGCGGAUCGGUGAUCGACCCUUCGUAGCGGACCACGAGUCGAAGCGGCCGCCGGCAAGUGCGGAGCCCGGAUCCUCAGACUGGCCGAGCAGGGGAUGAUAACCAAAAAGAAAAGGAGGAAAUCGCGGAAUCGGGGAAACGAGACACGUCGGGGAUGAAUGCCCAAGUUGGAAGUUUCGAUCCGCUCCAAUGCUCCAAAAUCGCCGCAGAUCCUACGUGUGAUUUCAGUGUAGUGUAGUUACAGGAGUUUCGUGCCUUGAGAAGUGCCGCGUCGUCGUGUGACUUUGCGAUCGUGGAACUUUAGCGAUUUUUCGUGGAACUUUUUGCUCGGGGGCUGUGAUGCGCGUCCGGUAGUGAAUGGUUUGGGGGAAGUACGCCCCCCGCUGCGAGGGGCCCGGCGGCAGCGAGCCGGUGAAAAUGUCGGGAUGGGCCGGGCGCGGCGCGCACAGUGUCGUGUCCUCGGGCAAUGUCACCGUCACAUCCAUCAACGUCUCCAACGAUUCACUGCCCGACCCCAACGAUAAAGGUAUCAAGCAUGAAGAGAACAAGUGCAGUGUGCUGGUCUCGCCACUGGCUCUUGCUGAGGAAGACGAGGGUUCCGCCUCUGACUCAGAAAUCAGCAGAAUUGAUUUUUCAGCAGCAGCCAUCAUGCGGAACAAGAAUAGAGACAAUCAAGAUGAGUGUGUGGAACGGCCAAUGUCGUGGGAAGGAGAACUCUCUGACUCGGAGAUGGAUACUGUUAAAAAAGAACCAGCUGAUGUUGAUAAGACGACACAGAGAAUGCAAGUGUGUAAUGACGUAAAUACAAGUGAUGAUGGGAAACCUCCACCCUUGAAAUUUACGUCUGAAUCCAUGGUGAAUAAGGUGCUAGAACAAGUGAGGGCCAGUAAAUUAUCAAAUCCUCAAACGGAACUGCCAUUACUUGUUGAAAAAGUGUUAGGGAAUAACUACAGCAGACUGUGCAAUCCCAGUCCAGACUCAGCAAUACAUUCUUUUUACUCGCCAACCCAGUCGCCAGUUACAAGCCGGCAUGGUCUUUCAUCGUCCCCAUGUACAUUUACACCAUCCCUCUCUAGAAAUAAUAGUGAUGCAUCACAGUAUGAUGGCUCGCAACAUAGUUCUUGUUAUAGUUACAGUUAUUCAUCUGUCUCUGUAUCACCCACUCAAUUUUCGCCAACACAUUCUCCAAUUCAAAGGAGACACUCACAACAUUCAUCACGAUCUCUGCCGGAAUACUCUCCAGAUGAAGGUGGAUUGCAGGAUAUUUCAGAAGGAGGGCAUUCAACAUUGUCAGUUGCUUCUGGAAUAUCUCGGCAACAAUUAAUUAACAGUCCAUGUCCUGUCUGCGGUGACAAAAUUUCCGGGUUCCACUAUGGUAUUUUCUCCUGUGAAAGCUGUAAGGGUUUCUUCAAAAGAACUGUUCAAAACCGCAAGAAUUACGUUUGCCUUAGAGGAUCUUCUUGUCCUGUCACUGUUGCCACUAGGAAAAAAUGCCCUGCUUGCCGUUUUGAAAAAUGUCUUAACAUGGGCAUGAAAUUAGAAGCUAUUCGUGAAGACAGAACUAGGGGAGGUAGGAGCACGUAUCAAUGCUCGUACACACUUCCUUCAAGUUUACAGCUGUCAAGUGGUAGUUGUCAUUACUCGAGUGACUCGUAUCUUGUCAAACAAGAGCAAAGAGAAAGACUCUCGCCACAGCCGUCCUCAAGGUUGAUUCCUCCCUUAUUGCAAGAAAUAAUGGAAGUUGAGCACCUUUGGCUGUAUAAUGAAAAUGAAAACUCUCACAAAAAUGGCAGUCGGUCAAGUAGCUCAGCCUCGUCUGAAGCCAGAGGAAACAAUAAUGGUGGCCCUGAUUUCAUCUCAAACCUGUGUCAUAUCGCAGAUGACAGACUCUACAAAAUUGUUAAAUGGUGUAAAUCGCUGCCUCUUUUUAAGAAUAUUUCUAAUGAUGAUCAAAUUUCAUUGUUAAUCAACGCAUGGUGCGAACUGUUGCUGUUCAGCUGUUGCUAUCGGUCGAUAGCAAGUCCCGGUGAGAUUCGAGUCUCACUUGGCAAAAGCAUCUCUUUGGACAAAGCGAGGGAAUUAAAACUAGAUCCAUGUAUUGAAAGAAUGUUGACGUUCACGGAACAUUUACGCAGAUUAAGGGUGGACCGUUAUGAGUAUGUUGCAAUGAAAGUAAUUGUCCUCCUGACAUCCGACGAAAGUAUUCUCCGUGAACCAGAAAAAGUACGCGCGUCACAGGAAAAAGCGCUACAAGCAUUGCAACACUACACCCUAGCGCACUAUCCAGACAUUCCUUCAAAGUUUGGGGAGCUUUUGUUGCGAAUUCCUGAACUCCAAAGAACUUGCCAGGUUGGUAAAGAUAUGUUAUCUAUAAAACACAGAGAAGGUGAAGGACCUAGUUUUCAUCUGCUCAUGGAAUUACUUCGCGGUGAUCACUAAAAGUGCCACUUAUUACAUGCUGUGCCUUGGAUUCCUCUCGGCUUUAAAAUUCAUGGAAUUGUACUUAUUUAUUCAGGGUAAUUUUUAUGAAAAAAAAUUCAAAAAAAUAGAUUUUUAGUUUUGCUAAAUUAAUGUUA